AUGUUAGCAAAUAAAACAACUAAUAGUAAUAGUAACAAUAACAAUAACAAUAAUAGUCAUAGGCGACAACUGUCUGGAGGUAUUGGAUUGACAGAUCGGUCAAGUCGAUCGUAUAGGGAUGAUGAUCGUCAACUUAUUCAGUAUUUAGUUAAUGAGUAUCUCUUGGAAGGUUCACACGAUGUACUCGAUCUUAUCCGGAACUGCCCAAAUGAAUGUUUCGAAGCGCUUCUCGACUUCAUUUGGAAUCCAACAUCUCAAUCAGCUGAUAGUAAUGAGGAUGAUCUAUCGAUUUAUGGUCAACGUUCAUCUCUUCUUUCGCCUUUGCCAACAAAUGCUCAUCGACAAGGCGCACGUUCUCGUUUAGCAAUUAUUUUUAUUGAGGUAUUUAAACUAUUAGCCACCCCCACAAUCACUGGUGGUCGAUCUGAUCUUCAACGACAAACUCGUCUUCUUGUUUUUCCCGCACAAGUUCGUCAAUUAAUCGACUAUGAACCUGAUAUCCAUGGAUUAAGUUGUUUGACACUCUCUUCGAUUACUCUUAUUAAUCCUAAUCUUAUUCAUCAUCAGCUCGCAUUGGUAAUUGACGUGUUGAAACAUGCGGCGAAUCAGUUUGUCCAAGCAAAUCUUUCGUUUGACACACCAUCGACACUUGCACUUUCUAUUUAUUCGUUAUUUUAUUUAUUGUACAUACUCUACCCGAAUAACCUUCGUCGAGAGCUUCAACCAGAUUCUACACCAACCAUUAAUAGCAAUGAGAAACUAGCGAAUCGAUUAGGAAUUGAGAAAGUUCUAUUGCCACUUUGUUAUCACUUUAAACUCCAACCAAGUAUUGUAUGUGGUACAGCGGAAAGUGAAAAACAUGAAAGUCGUUGGCAAAAUGACUCAUGGCAACAUUUACUGGCGAAUGGCGAUCGUUAUGUGGCAUCAGACGAUCUGUCGUCAUUGUUACCCAAUGAUUUCAGGAAACGAAAAGAAGAAGAAAGCAAGAAAAACGAUGAUUCCAAUCGGUUUGAGAUCGAUCAAAUAGUUCGCAUGUGUAACAAGUACACCGAGAGUGUUUUAAAUCCGAGUGAAACGAAAAGUCAGAUAGUUAAAAGUACAAUCGAAAGUCAAUACGGGAAAAAACAUUCAACUGACUGCUAUUCGAAUUAUUCAGAUUCUCAUUGUCAAACUUAUGAACAACAAUGGCAAACAACAAUUCAAAAUGGUCAAAUGAAUCUUUCUCGUAUUCAAGCACCCGAUGAAUCCAAUCGACGGCAACAUACCAACGGUACAUCAACAAAAACAGAUUCGAAGUCUGUUGAUCAUAAUAUCUAUGCAAAAGUCCAACUGCAACUCGACAUGUUGGAUUGCAAUUAUGAACAAGAUAAACGAGAAUACUAUGCUCAACUAAUUCGAGAUGUUCGAAAGGCAAAACCUAUUCACGAAUUAGAGAAAGAAAUCAAAAGUCAGGAAAUGCGUUAUGAAGAAUUGAUUAAUGCUCGACAACAGAAAUGUCCGGAUAUACAUACGGUCCGAGAUCGAAUCAAUGAAUUUCAUCGAUUGAAUGAGACAUUUUACAAUUCGUUAUCGGCUACCCAAGUUGAAUUGAAAACCGAUGAAGACGAACACUGGCAGCAACGAUCUUUGAAUAACGAAACAUACAUGCGAUUACAAAACGAAAAGAAACAACUAGAACAGGCCAAAGCUUCGAUUGAAAAUGAUAUCCGUGACAUUCAACGUCGCUUAUUUCAAUCGAAGCAAGAUGCUAAGCAAUCGAUUGAUUUACGUGAUAGUAUCGAUAAAUUACAUAUUGAUCUUGUUUGCACACGAAAAAAACAUCAAUUAUUACACAAUGCUUUAUUAAAUGUGAAAUUAAAAGCAACAAAUGCGGAAAAAUUACUUGUCAUGCAUCAGAAUGAAGAACGAGAACAAACGAUAACAACAACAUUGGAUGAAAAGAAAGCAAAAUUCGAAGAAUACAAACAUCUUCUUGAUAAACAACAAACUGAUCUGACAGCUAAGCGAAAUAGUUUCAAUGAAAAACGAAAUAUGAACACACAUAAAAUCAGUGUUAUACGUCGACAGAUGGAUUCAAUACGUAUAUGUCAAACACAAUUACAUACAAUGAAUAUAAACAGUCAGAUUGUUCGUAAAUAG